AUGGCAGAACAGUUGACGGAGGAGCAGAUCGCUGAGUUCAAGGAAGCCUUCAGCCUUUUUGAUAAGGAUGGCGAUGGUUGUAUAACCAGUAAAGAGUUAGGAACAGUUAUGAGAUCACUAGGGCAGAAUCCCACGGAAGCUGAACUGCAAGAUAUGAUCAAUGAAGUUGAUGCUGAUCAAAAUGGUACAAUUGAUUUUCCUGAGUUCUUGAAUUUGAUGGCUCGGAAAAUGAAGGAUACUGACUCGGAGGAAGAACUGAAAGAAGCUUUCAAGGUCUUUGACAAGGAUCAAAAUGGCUUUAUUUCUGCUGCAGAGCUUCGUCACGUGAUGACAAACCUUGGGGAGAAGUUGACAGAUGAAGAAGUGGACGAGAUGAUACGAGAAGCAGAUGUGGAUGGCGAUGGCCAAGUGAAUUAUGAGGAGUUUGUGAGGAUGAUGCUUGCAAAGUGA